AUGCCGCCGUCUGUGAAUGAUAUCGAGCGUGCUGAACGCUCUCUAAAGCGUAGCAUUGUAAAAAGAGAUUGCACUGUUGAACAGUUUAGAACACUCAUACAAUUAAGUGAGAAUAUUGAAUCUGAUUCCGAUCAAAAGACGCUUUUUCGGGUCCGAUUUCGUGACCUCGACAGCCUAUUAACCAAUUUCCAUGCCGAUCAGGACGAUAUUCUUGAUCAAUUAAUUAUCCUAUCGCGCGAGGAAGAAUUUGUCAAGUCACAUGCGCCUAUUGAAGCAAUUAUAUUGGACAGUUUUUAUAGGGUGCAAGCUGUUGCUGCUGACCAUCACUUAGAUGCUGAUCGAAGUGUUCAAAAUAUUUCGUCACGCAGCACACGUAGCAAUGUUCAAUUACCGAAAAUUCUAUUGCCACAAUUCAAUGGUGAUCUUCAGCAAUGGUGUUCUUACCGUGACACGUUUACGUCUUUAGUUCAUAACAACGAUGAUUUAUCCGACAUAGAAAGAUUUCAUUAUCUAUUAUCAUCUUUAUCAGGUCAACCAUUACCUGUUGUACGUUCGAUACCCUUCACGGAGGUCAAUUAUAUUGUCGCGUGGGAGGCAUUACAUACUCGUUUUGACAACAAACGAUUAUUAGUUAAUUAUCAUCUAGACGCUAUGUUUGCCUUUUGUCCGCUCACCAGUGAGUCAGUAUCAGGUCUAAAACGGUUCUUAGACACUUUCCAACAGAACAUUUCUGCUAUAAAGGCACUAGGCGUGGACGAUUUGGCUGGUUUUCUUUUAUUUUACAUAGCAUCUCGGUGUCUAGACGCGCAGUCAAAACGUUUGUUUGAAGCGGAGCAACAUACUAAUGAGACUCCGACUAUUGAUAUUUUAUUAAAGUUUGUCCACAAUCGAUGCAAAAUAUUACAAAAUUCUACAUCGACAUUUUUACCCAAACAAACGGAAUCAAGUAAAAAAUUACAUCAUAAGUCUUCAUUGUUCACGUCCAACAUUCCCGACCAAGGACAACAAACAUCUUGUACCAUGUGUAAAGAUUCUCAUUUCUUAUUUCAAUGUUCUAAAUUUAGUUCUCUACCAGUCCAACAGCGAUUCAAAGUAGCACAGUCACGUCGUCUCUGCAUGAACUGUUUGAGUGCUCAUCACAAAACAUCCACAUGUCAAUCAAAACACACGUGCCGCCAUUGUGCUCAAAAGCAUCAUACGCUACUUCAUCUCGAUAAGUCAUUAGUAAAACCCAAAUCAAUUGAAUCGAGUCAUGAUAGUACAGUGUCCCAGUGUGCUGAAAACACUUCGCCCGGGAACUCAUCGAAUGCGGAUGUCACCUUUUCAGGUACAACGUAUACCUCCAGUACCGUUGUUCUUGGCACAGCAAUUGUUCAUAUACGUAAUGGCUUGGGUAUCUCGGGGUCACAAAUAUCGGUCAUUACGAACGCAUGUGUCACCAGAUUAGGCUUACCACGUAGACAAUGUAAACAUACUAUUGUGGGAUUGUCACAUACACCCGUACGUGAAACAAAGGGUAUGACUGCUUGUACCAUAAAACCGGAGCUUUCCAAUACUCCCCUCAUCUCGUGUGAACCCGUAAUAAUGUCAAAAAUUACCGGGGCUAUGCCCACCGUAAAAUUAAACUCGUCUAUUCGAUUGAUUUAUAACGAUAUCCGUUUUGCUGAUCCACAGUUUGAUGUACCAGGUCCCAUCGACUUUUUAUUAGGUGCUGAUAUACACAGCAUGAUCCUAAAGGACGGUGGCGGAGUUAUUCAUACGGACGGCAUACCGUCAGUGUAUGAAACACUGAUAGGAUGGAUUUUAUCGGGUACGUCCGUGUCCAACGAUACAUCAAAACUUACAUCACUUAUGUUAACGACUGAACCGUCAAUUGACCAAUUGAUGCAAAGUUUUUGGAGUAUUGAAGAACCGUCUCCCCCUGCUGUACCGUUUACCGACGACGAUAUUUGCGAAGAAAUAUUCUCGCGUACGACGACACGUGAAGAAAAUGGUCAGUAUGUCGUUUCUUUUCCAUUUCGGGUGAACCCCGCGGAAUUGGGAGAUUCGUAUCACAUGGCGCUAUCGCGUUUUUACAAUUUGGAACGAAAAUUUCAACGUGAUGCUAACCUAUAUGACGAAUAUCGGAAGUUUAUGGUUGAAUAUGAAGAGUUGGGGCAUAUGAAACCCGCUACAAGUAAAGGUACGUACUUCAUACCACAUCAUGCUGUGGUUAAGUAUACCGGUGACCAAUUAAAGUUAAGAGUGGUUUUCGACGCGUCCGCGCACUCUACUUCCCAAUUGUCACUCAAUGCCUUACUAUACACCGGACCUAAAUUGCAGACGGAUAUUGCUGAAUUAUUACUUCACAGUCGCCUACACCCGUAUAUGUUCACAGCCGAUAUAUGUAAAAUGUAUCGGCAGAUUUUGAUUUCACAGCGCGAUCGUCAAUACCAACAUAUAUUAUGGCGUGAUUCACCAUCGAAGUCGUUAUGUGAAUAUGAAUUGUGUACCGUGACAUACGGUGUGUCAGUAUCGCCCUACCAGGCUAUUCGCGUGUUACAUCAACUUGAGGUAGACAAUGGACAACAAUAUCCCGAUGCAAAAAAUAUAUUGUCUACUAAAACCUAUGUCGAUGAUGUUAUCACUGGCGCCGAGUCUAUUUCAGAAUUAGUCUUCGUCCAAUCGCAACUUAAAAAAUUAUUAGCUCACGGUGGAUUUGUGUUAAAAAAGUGGGCGAGUAAUUGUGCGGAAGUUUUACGAUCCAUUCCAGUUGAGGAUCGAACAAUCACAUUGUCAUUCGAUCUCAAAGAGGAGUCAUCAAUAAAAAUAUUAGGUCUUCAUUGGGAACCCACGUCGGAUGUAUUUAGCUACCAUACCACUGCAUCAACAAAUACGUACACUAAACGGUCAAUAUUGUCAACGAUAGCAAAACUUUACGACCCGGUCGGUGCGCUCGCACCCAUAACAUUCUGGGCCAAGUGCUUUAUGCAACAGUUAUGGCAGCUUGGGUUACAAUGGGACGACCCGUUACCGUGCGACCUCGUUGAUAGUUGGCGAAUGUUCUCGGACGAACUCCCGUUGGUAGAAAAAAUAAAAAUACCACGCUAUCUUCCAAUAAGUGACCUUUCUUCCGUCCAAUUACUCGGGUUUUCAGAUGCGUCAGAAAAAGGGUACGCGGCUGUAAUUUAUUUACGCAUUGUCCAUAAGGAUAAUCGUAUUUCUGUUCAUUUUCUGACGGCCAAAUCAAAGGUUGCCCCCGUGAAAACGGGUAAAUGUGACAGUGCGAUAAGUAUUCCACGACUGGAGUUAUGCGGGGCACUUUUACUAGCCCAAACGAUGCAUCGCGUCAGUCCCAUAUUUAUGCAAUUACCAAACGUAACAAAACACGCAUGGACAGAUUCUACCGUGGUCCUGUCGUGGUUGACUACUACGCCAACCACAUUCAAAAUUUUUGUGUCUAAUCGAUUAGCAAAAAUCGCUGACCUAUUACCAAGUUGCCAUUGGCACUAUGUUUCAUCAGGGCAAAAUCCAGCGGAUUGCGUUUCGCGUGGACUACUUCCUUCACAAGCAGUUUCAAUGUCGUUAUAUUGGAACGGUCCAAUAUUUCUACAAUCAGGUGAAAACACGUGGCCAAUCGAUACCUACGUAAAGUUGUCACCGUCAUCAUUGCCCGAAGUUAAAAAUAUAGGUGCAGAAAUAUCAGUGUUAACAACCUUAUCUACACUCACAGACGACUGGGUUUCCCGAUUUUCAUCAUUAGUCCGAUUACAAAAAACAAUCUCUUAUGUCCGGCGGUUCAUAAGGCUGCGUUUAAAGAGGUUGCCAACGCGUACAGGGACAAUAACAAAUACUGAACUUGAUGAAUCGUUAACGUGCGCUAUUCGCUCAACACAAACUAUUUAUUUUAAAGGUUUAGUUAAACUUAUGCAGUCGAAAAAUAAACCUAUUGUGCCUAGAUCCAUUGCCCAAUUGGUACCCUUCGUCGAUACCGAGGGAGUCAUUCGAGUGGGUGGUAGAUUGCGGAAUGCCGAAAUUAACGUCCAUCAACAAUACCCAGUAUUAUUGCCGAAGAAAUGCGCGUUAACUGAUAUUUUAAUUCGGCAUUUUCAUCUCACGUAUCUUCACGCGGGUCCGCAAUUAGUGUCGUCACUGAUUGCUCAAAAGUAUUGGAUUUUAUCCAGCCGAUCCGCUAUACGCCAUAUCAUAUUCAAAUGCGUCGUGUGUGCUCGACAUCGAGCCACUGCGCCACAACCAAUUAUGGCCGAGUUACCGUCGUUCCGUGUCCGCCCGUGCCGUCCGUUCAGUAACGUCGGUGUCGAUUUCGCUGGUCCAUUCCAAGUAAAAGAAUCUCGUCGUAAAAAUGCUAAAUCGGUAAAAUGUUAUCUUGCGGUAUUUGUAUGUACUGUUAUUAAAUCCGUACACCUAGAAAUUGUAUCAGAUCUAUCUACAGAUGCUUUCAUGGCUUCUUUCAAUCGUUUCAUUUCUCGUCGGGGUAUUCCAUCGAAUAUUUAUUCGGACUGCGGGACCAAUUUCCAAGGCACCAACCGACAACUACACGAAAUAUUAACGGCCGCAGCCAGUCGACAAACUACACUGUUGCCGUGUAAAUGGCACUUCAACCCGCCCGCUGCUCCUCACUUUGGUGGUAUUUGGGAGGCGGCAGUCAAAUCUGCUAAAUACCACUUAAAGCGGGUUAUCGGUGUCCAAACGUUUACAUUCGAAGAAAUGUCUACACUAUCCACGCAAAUCGAGGCCAUUCUUAAUUCCAGACCUCUGACCGUUUUAUCGUCCGACCCAAAUGAUUUACGACCACUUACACCGGGCGAUUUUCUAAUAGGACAACCGUUAGUAGCGUUACCAUCCCGCGAUUUUACAUCAAUACCGAUAAAUCGAUUAACUCGGUGGGAAUUGAUCCGGCAAUGCACCCAAUCAUUUUGGAAUCGGUGGUCGUUGGAAUAUUUGUCUUCACUACAGCGACGUACAAAAUGGACGCGACAACAACCAAAUGUUAUAGUUGGGGACAUUGUAAUAAUAAAUAUGCCUCAUAAGGCACCAACGUAUUGGCCUUUGGGACGUGUAAAAGAAGUCCAUCCCGGUACCGACGGCAUAGUCCGAGUGGCCACGAUCCAAACAGCGGAUGGAAUAGUCAAGCGUCCAGUAGUAAAAUUAGCCGUAUUACCCGUCUCUGACGAUCCUUCCUGUUAA